AUGCGUCCUGAACAAGUUUUUACAGGUGAAGAUCUUGAGUAUUAUAGUGGAGAGUAUUUAAGCAUUUAUUGGCAACUCGGAUACACUGGUGAGUGGUUCAUUGACCCUCCAAACAUGCCAGAAAAAUUAGAAGAUCAAGGGCAGAAAGUACCUGUCACUCGUUCACAUACCAAAUCUGAAGCCAGCCAGACCAAAAGACUUAACAAGAAAAUAAUAUGUAUGUUUUUAUUUAAAAUGGAUUGCUUUAAGUUUUUGAACAAUGAAGUGAUGGAAAUUCUGAAACAGAUGGUUGUCUCUUAUGUCACUCCUUUUGAUCCUGAAUGGAGAACAGCAAACCUAGAUCAUAGGAAAAUCUGA